AUGGCGGACAUAAAGAUUGUCCCUCUUGGAGCCGGGCAAGACGUUGGCCGCUCAUGCAUUCUCGUGACCAUCGGUGGGAAGAACGUGAUGCUUGAUUGCGGAAUGCAUAUGGGAUAUCAGGACGAACGGCGGUUUCCAGACUUCUCGUAUAUCGGAGGAGGAGGGAAGCUUAACGAUUAUCUGACCUGCGUGAUCAUAUCUCAUUUCCACCUGGAUCAUUGUGGAUCACUACCUCAUAUGAGUGAAAUUGUUGGAUUUGAUGGUCCCAUCUACAUGACAUAUCCAACAAAGGCCAUUGCACCAGUGCUUUUAGAAGAUUAUCGGAAAGUACAGACGGAGUUUCGAGGAGACACGAAUUUUUUCACUUCAGCCAAUAUCAAAGCAUGUGAUUAUAAUAUGACACCUGAUCGGCAUUUGGGCGCAGCUCGAGUGCUGCCUGGUCUUCGACCCGACUGCCUCAUUUCUGAAUCCACCUAUGCCACAACACUCCGUGAUUCGAAGCGGGCACGUGAAAGAGAUUUCCUGAGAAAGGUCACGAUCGAGUAUGCGGACGAAAGAGCUCAAGAGUUGUGUAUUCUUCUCGAGUCGUACUGGGAACGAAUGGAUUUGAAAAUACCGAUUUAUUUUUCUCAAGGACUAGCAGAACGAGCAAAUCAGUAUUACCGAUUGUUCAUCAAUUGGACCAAUGAAAAGAUCAAGCGUACUUUUGUCGAAAGAAAUAUGUUCGAUUUCAAACACAUCAAGCCUCUUGAUAAGGGGUAUGAGGAAAUGCCUGGCGCCAUGGUGUUAUUUUCAACCCCAGGUUACUGUGUUGCUGGAACUGUUGGCGCGAAAGUAAUAAGUGGUAUGAAGAAGAUUGAAAUUGAAGGUAAAAUGCAUGAUAUUAAUCUGGCUGUUGAGUAUAUGUCGUUCAGCGCUCACGCCGAUGCCAAAGGAAUCAUGCAGCUGAUCAGAGUCUGCCAGCCGCGCAGCGUGAUGUUUGUGCAUGGCGAAGCGGCAAAGAUGGAAUUCCUCAAAGGAAAAGUAGAAAAGGAGUUCCGAGUUCCGGUGUUAAUGCCUGCAAAUGGUGAAUCAGUGAGCAUUCCGGGAAUCUCGAACUUGGAAGUUGAUGUUCCUCAAGACAUUGUUCAACGGUGUCUAGGACCUCGACCCCACUCCGUCAAAAAAGGCUUGCCCUUUCUCUGCAAUGGCUUAGAGGUGAUCUCUUGCGAGGCAGCUGCCAGCAGGUUACAGCUCGGCUUGCACACUAUAACACUGUCGCAGUUAGUUAAAUCUCGUUCAGCCGUUGACUGGAGAGCUCUUUCUGAAGCGUUAUCUAUUCACGAUACGCAUCUACAACAUAAGCAGGUGGAACUGGUAUGGGAUGAAUGUAGAGAAGCGUGGCAGUCAACUAUACUACAAACUAUUCAAGAAACUCUCAGCAAGCAAGCAAGUGUGGUCUCCAACUGA